CUGUCAUUCUCACCCAUUAAUGGUGAGUUUGGUUUCAGUACUCAAUUCUUUGCUUCCGUAUGUUUUGUGAUUCUUCGCUGUUCAACAGUUGCGGUUUUACAGGCGAGACGAUAUGACACUCGGACCACGAUCUUCUCUCCUGAAGGACGUCUCUACCAGCUGCUUUCGUUUUGUAUUAUAUUUAUUCUAAUUUUUUUUCCGGUUGAAUAUGCUAUGGAAGCGAUCAGUCAUGCCGGCACAUGUUUGGGAAUCCUUUCCACUGAUGGAAUUCUAAUCGCUGCUGAGAAGAGAAAUGUUCAUAAGCUUCUCGAUGAUACGGUCCUUGCCGAGAAAAUCUACAGGCUUUCUGAAAACAUCACGUGCACCGUUGCUGGAAUCACUGCUGAUGCGAACAUACUUAUCAAUCACCUAAGAUGGUGGGCUGCGCAGUACAAGUUGUCGUACGGAGAGGAGAUGCCUGUUGAACAGCUUGUUCAGAAUCUCUGCAACGAAAAACAGCGUUAUACGCAAAUUGGAGGAAAACGACCGUUCGGUGUUUCGUUGCUGUAUAUGGGAUGGGACAAACACUACGGCUAUCAACUUUAUCAAUCAGAUCCUUCUGGCAAUUACACAGGUUGGAAAGCCACGUGCAUAGGCAACAAUCAUCAGGCUGCCAUGUCUCUGCUGAAACAGGAAUAUAAAAGCCCUACACUUGCGGAAGCCAAAAAACUUGCCGUUAAAGUGUUGUGGAAAACUCUAGAUGUGAAACUGACUAAUGAGAAAGUCGAAAUGGCCGUUCUGACACGUCGCGAUAAUAAGACAGUAGUUGAAGAAUUAAGCGCUGCUGAGGUUGAAAAACUUAUCAAGGAACACGAAGAAAAAGAAAAGGAAGCUGAAACAAAGUGA